AGAAAUGGAUGCAGAAUACACUGGAUGCAAUUGAAGGAAAAGCUACGUAUGCAAAUAUCUCAGAUAUUAUUUAUAAUGAAAUGGCUUAUCAAGAAAAAUGCAGAUUUGGACUUUAUUUAUAUUUAUCUAAAGAUGAACGAAUAAAGGAGCAUCUGGAAGCCAUGGAAAAAGAUGCACAUUAUUGUUGGUAAGAAGAAGUAGAAGAAGAAAUGGUUUUAAAAUUUAACGUCAUAUUCUGUUGCUUAAUUAUGUGUUAAAUGUUUUCUUGC